UGAAGCGAGUUCGCGCCGGAAGCGGCUGAUCUGUCGCUCUGCUCUCCUCUUCCGGUAGCGUGCGCAUCUCUUCAGCACAUCCUACGGUCAUCAUGGCGUCUCUCUCGAUGACCCCCAUGAGCAUCUUCAGACACGGAGCGGACGAGGAGAAGGCGGAGACGGCACGCCUGUCGUCCUUCAUCGGAGCCAUCGCCAUCGGGGAUCUGGUCAAGAGCACCCUGGGGCCCAAGGGCAUGGACAAGAUCCUGCUGGGCGGCGGCCGGGACAGCAGCGUGACCGUCACCAACGACGGAGCCACCAUCCUGAAGGCCAUCGGCGUCGACAACCCCGCCGCCAAAGUGCUCGUGGACAUGUCUAAGGUGCAGGAUGACGAGGUGGGCGACGGGACGACGUCUGUGACGGUGCUGGCGGCGGAGCUGCUGCGGGAAGCAGAGCUGCUGAUCGCCAAGAAGAUCCAUCCUCAGAUCAUCAUCUCCGGCUGGAGGAAGGCCACGCAGGCGGCGCGCGAGGCGCUCAGAGAGGCGGCGGUGGAUAAUGGGGCGUCUCUCUCGAUGACCCCCAUGAGCAUCUUCAGACACGGAGCGGACGAGGAGAAGGCGGAGACGGCGCGCCUGUCGUCCUUCAUCGGAGCCAUCGCCAUCGGGGAUCUGGUCAAGAGCACCCUGGGGCCCAAGGGACAAGAUCCUGCUGGGCGGCGGCCGGGACAGCAGCCCACGCUCUCCUCCAAGCUGCUGACGCACCACAAGGAACACUUCUCCAAGCUGGCCAUGGAGGCCGUGCUCAGACUCAAGGGAUCUGGCAACCUGGAGGCCAUCCACGUCAUCAAGAAGCUGGGAGGCAGCCUGACCGACUCCUACCUGGACGAAGGCUUCCUGCUGGACAAGAGGAUCGGCGUCAACCAGCCCAAGAGGAUCGAGAACGCCAACAUCCUCAUCGCCAACACCGGCAUGGACACGGACAAGAUCAAGAUCUUCGGCUCCAGAGUGCGUGUGGACUCCACCGCUAAAGUGGCCGAGAUCGAGACGGCCGAGAAGGAGAAGAUGAAGGAGAAGGUGGAGCGCAUCCUCAAGCACGGCAUCAACUGCUUCAUCAACAGGCAGCUGAUCUAUAACUACCCAGAGCAGCUGUUUGCGUCCGCUGGGGUGAUGGCCAUCGAGCACGCUGAUUUCAUGGGAGUCGAGCGCUUGGCUCUCGUCACAGGCGGAGAGAUCACCUCCACCUUUGACCACCCUGAGCUGGUGAAGCUCGGCCACUGUAAGCUGAUCGAGGAGGUGAUGAUCGGAGAGGACAUGCUCAUACACUUCUCUGGCGUGGACAUGGGUGAGGCGUGCACCAUCGUCCUGCGCGGGGCGACGCAGCAGAUCCUGGACGAGGCCGAGCGCUCGCUGCAUGACGCUCUGUGCGUGCUGGCGCAGACGGUCAAAGAGACGCGCACCGUGUUCGGCGGAGGCUGCUCCGAGAUGCUGAUGGCUAAAGCCGUGUCUGAUCUGGCCAACCGCACGCCAGGGAAAGAGGCCGUGGCCAUGGAGUCCUUCGCUAAAGCCCUGAUGAUGCUGCCCACCAUCAUCGCUGAUAAUGCGGGGUACGACAGCGCAGAGCUGGUGUCUCAGCUGAGAGCCGCUCACCAGGACAACAAGAGCACCUUCGGCCUGGACAUGACCCAGGGCGCGGUGGGAGACAUGGCGGCUCUGGGCAUCACCGAGAGCUUCCAGGUGAAGAGGCAGGUGCUGCUGAGCGCAGCCGAGGCGGCUGAGAUGAUCCUGCGCGUCGACAACAUCAUCAAAGCUGCUCCCAGGAAGCGUGUGCCGGAUCAUCACCCCUGCUGAACACUCGGAGCGGCCCGUGUAUUUAUUGACAGGAAGUCGAUGCUCUUUAUUUUGUAGUUUGUGUGUAGUCGCACUUCCCAAGCAUUGGUUGUCUGCAUGUUACUGCUCUACUCCUUUUGUUUACUCAAUAAAACCGUCACGAACAUCUGAA